UCUGGUGCAAGAGGUUUGUCUACAUACCAUCCGACAACAUGAAGGUUCAACUUCUCACGCUGCUGCUCCUGCUGUGCUGCACUCAGGUGCUCACACUCAGAUGCUACACCUGUGUAGGUGAAGAUGACGAGGACUGUAAGGUGGAGACAGAGUGCCCGGCAACAGCUCAGUACUGCAUGACCAUGCAAUACGGUGGAGAACUUUCUCGAACUUGUCAGGAUUAUUGUGCCGAAGAUGAUAACACAUAUUGCUGCCAAGAAGACCUCUGCGACCCAUGAGUCAUCCCUCAGCGCUGACUUUCGCUUUCUGAAAAAUGAAAUGAAUAUAUAAGACAAAUGUAUUACUUAAAUCUAAAUCAGAUCGAAGAUGAUUUUUAACUUUAUAGGAUUGUAAUGUGACUAUCCUGUCUUGCUUUUACUUUCAUUAAACUCUACAAAUAUUGAA